AUGUAUAAAUCCACCAAGCAAAUCAGCGGAAACGCCAAAGCUGAGAAGACUGCCAACGGCCAGACCGGCAACAAGGCACAGUCCCAUGAAGCCCCCAGCGGCCUCCCUCUCGUCGUCGUCGACAUGAGCGGGAGCGGCCAUCAUGCAAUUGGCGCCGAGCCAACCGUUUGUGAAGCCAAAGAGCAGCUGAAAGAGCAUGUAGAAGGCGUCGGAGGGGACCAGGGCGCCCCUCCCGCCGACGUUGCAAGCGAGGUAGACGGGUAUGAGGAGGGCGCGGGCGACGGCGCAGGCGAAGAGGAUGCGCGGGGCGUCGGACCUCCGGCCGACCAGGCUGAAGGCGGGGAGCAUGGUGGCCAGACGGCCGGACAGGUCGCCCAG